AUGAGAAAAAGUAAAUCUUGCGAUUUUGGUGAAUUGCACGAUAGCCUGGUGAUGGAUCGCAUUGUUGUUGGAGUUCAUCGAGACGCAGAUAGAGAAAAACUCUUGUCGGAGGAAAAUCUAACUUUAGAAAAAGCUAUAAAGAUUUGUAAAGCUUCCGAGCAAGCCCGGAAUCAAAUUAAUUCCAUGAAAAAUGAGCCUCUGAAAAUUGAAGCCGCAAAAAUAAGAAAUAAAUCUCAUUCUGCUGGAACUAAACCCCAAAUAAAAGAUGCUAAAAAGAGUACAACUAAAGCUCAGUGUACAAGAUGUGGUAAAAUACACAAGAAAAGAGAGUGUCCGGCAUACAAGAAGAUUUGCUUUGCUUGCAAAAAGGAAGGGCAUUUUUCUCAAGUUUGCCGCAUUAAAAAUGUUGUUCCAUCAAUAAGCGAUGUGAAAAAAGAUGUAGCAGAUGAAUGUUUCGUUGUAAAUACUGUUUCGGGAAAACAAAGCAUUUCAGAUUGGUAUGAAACUUUAGAAUUUGAUAACGGGACAAAGAUUAAAUUUAAAUUGGAUACAGGUGAACAGUGCAAUGUUCUGUCUCGAGAUUUAGCCAUGAAAGCUAAUUUAGAAUUUCAUAAUACAAAUGUUCGAUCAUUAAUUUCAUUUUCCAAUCACAAAAUGCACGUAACUAAUGAAAGUAUUUCGUCAGUUAAAGUGAAAGGAAAUAACUUCAAGACGCGAUUUAUGAUAGUGGAAAAAAUGGUGCAACCUAUAUUAGGGAAAGAUUCAUGUGUUGAGUUAGGCUUAGUUAAAAGAAUGAAUGCUAUAGGACUAACCCGUGAAAUCUUACAGACCGGCUCUGCUGAAGAUGAAACUGGUUGUUUGAAGAAUAUUAAGUAUGAUAUAGACCUAAUUGAUGAUCCCAAAUUGGAAAUAUUUCCAGCUAGGCGAGUGCCUCAUGCAAUAAGAGAAAGAGUUUAA